CUGGUGUCGCCAGGCAAUUGGGAGAGUGUGUACCAGCCGGAAACCUUCUCUGCUGCAAGCGAUAGAAAUCUCAACUCCCACUUCCUGAAACAGGACGUAUAUUGUUCAUUUCACAGGCUCCCAAACUGUCUUGGGUUCACAGCGUUCCUGGGCCAAAAGGAAUGCCUGCCGCUUCUUCUCAUUAAACAAAUAGGUCCAAAAGCACGUAGCAUUUAUGUCCUAACAACUUAGCCAUUUGAAAAGAAAAUACACAUAUAUGGAAAAGUAUUUUAUUUAUAUUUUUAUUUCAUUUUCAGAUGACUGUACAUAACUCAGUUGAAUUGAGUCCUUAAAUAACUUCCAUUAUUACAUUCUACAGGUAAUUACCACGAGAUGUGUGUCCCUUGGGGCACUGCACAACUUCCCAGACCUCGCAGUCAGGUUGGAGACCCUCUUACCUACAUUUCCUCUUCCACAUUGAUUUUUAUGCAGUACUUGCUUUUUAUUAUGGCAACUCCCAUAAAGCCAGCUUUGCAAAGAUAUGAUGUUAUUGGAGAGAAUGUAGGGCCAUUUGAUAUUACAGCCUUGAACAACCUUGAGCUAGUAAUUCACAUGGUGUUUGACAGAUAUCGAGAAUCACUAUAUUUCCCUUGAAGUUUUAUAAUCCCCCAAAGCCCCUGUGAGUUCAGCGUGGCUCUCUGGGGUGCCCUGGUACACAAUCCGAGAAGAUCAGGUUAAUUUAACAAGGAAGUCAGAAGCAGUUGGUCUUGGGGUUAGUCUGGUGGCUUAGUGAUAUCAUCAAAGAUCCACCCUUCUGGCAAGUUGGACCUCUUGGUCUCAAGACAGCUGCCAUGGCACCAACAUCACAUUCUUGCCCCACAGUGCAGCUAUCAAAGUGAGAAAGGAAGGAAGAGCAGUGUGACAGGAUGACAUAGAACUGCUUUUAUACUCCAUCUGGACCUGGUGGUGGAUGGCAGACAGGUGUCUACAGCUGCAGAGACAUCUUGAACUAAACAAGGAUCUAAACAGAGAUAAAAAUCAGAGGCCUCCGUCAUGUCAACCAGACCUGGAAUUGGAAGACUGAGAAGUUUGCCAAGCUAAGCAAGUUCUCAAGGAGACACUAUCUCACUAGCCCACCGGUUAUCCUAGUCGUUUGCGGGGGACCAGUGUGUUGCUUAUGGAGAUGGCAGUCCACACGAGAAAUCUUGAGUUGUGGAAAUAUGUUGUGCCUGAAUGACAUUCGGGUUUUCUUUGGAGAGCCACUGUUUUUGGAGCUACCAAGACAGUCCCUGGAUCUAGCGAGGGAGGCUGUGUCUGGAGAGGUGACAUCUAGUUGACCAGGGGUCACGGGAGAGACACCCGAUCUGAGAUUUAAACGUGCAGUGCAGGUUGGCCCAGGGGGCAAAACAGGACUUCAAACAGAGGGAACAGCGCUGGCAGGGAGGGGAGUGGGCACAUGGCUCAUCGGACUGUUUAGGGUUUGUGUGACGAGAGGUGAGUCAGGGUAGGACUCACAGCCUGUGUGGCCGGCUCUGGGAGUUCGGUUUUGCCCCGAAAGCCAUAGGAAGGGCUGAAAGGUUUUAACGCAGGGAAGGAUGUGAUGAGGUUGAUAGUCUGGGGGAACAACAGCAUCUAUCAUGUGGCAGAAAUUUCUGGUGCUCACAAAAAGCCUUUCUUUUUCCUCCUGGGCACGUGGUUAGAUUACAUUUCCCAGACUCCUUUGUGGUCAGGUGAAGCCAUAUGACGGACUUCUGGUCAACCAAACAUGGAGGAAAGGGAUAUUUGCCAUUUUAGGCCUAGCCCGUAAAAAUGUCCCCCACGUCCUCUCUCCCCCAUCUGCUGGCUGGUGCAGAAGAUCUGGGGACCUAGAUCGUGGGUCUCCAAGAUGGAAAUGGCUUGGAUCCCUGAGUCACCAUGUCAUAAAGGGCGUGCUAUUGUGUCAACAGUGAAUCGAUUUUUAUUAUGUUAACCCAUCUAAAUGUUGGGUUCUUUUUUACAUGGGUUAGCCUACUCUGACGAAAGCCACAACAAUAGGUGCUCUUGAUGGGGCCUGCUCUGAAUGUGGCACUGUCUCAUUUAAUCCGCACGACAGCCUUAUGGGGAUGGGGGACGCCGUCUUCCCACUUCUCCAAAAGAAGACACUGGGGCUGAGGCAGAAGCCAGCAGGCGAUGGUGGAGAAGCCUGAUCCCCACCUGCACCCAAGUGCUGAACCGUGCCGUGCUGGCUCCCAGUACAAGAGGAACAGAUUAAAAUUGGCUGAGGCAAGGGGACCAGAUGAGGAGCUAUAGUGACCCCAGCUGGGAGUUCCUGCCUGUAACGCGGGGAAGGUAUCAGAUGAUUGUAAGUGUUAACCGAGAGAAUGCACGUGAGGUGUCCAGUGCAGGGCCUAGAACCUGGCAGGUGUAUCCUGAACGUUUGAUUUUUUUUUUUUUUUCAAGACACUAAGCAAGAACUCGCGGAGGCUUGGGUGAAACCAGGAGAGACAUGUUCUGGAAGCAGCUCUUGGCAGGACUUGGGCAAAGCGUGAAGGAGAUGGGGAAGCACAAGGACUCUGACUGCUCCAGAGACCUCCCGGGAGCCUCCGCAGCCCUUUAAAAGGAGCAGAGCCCGAAGUAGAAUGAGCAGCCCCGGUCUGAGAUAAGAGCCCGACAGCAGGUGCACUCUCCCAGCCAGCUCAGGCAAGAGCAGGUGCGCGGGUCACUCGGGCCCUGAUGUCUGCGGAGGGGGCUGUGUCUGUGCGUGACGCUGAGUUUGUCGGUGGCAAGGGGAAGCAGCCAAGCAUGGGAGGCAGGUGUCGUGAAUCCUGGUAUGAGCAGUUCCUGCAGCCCUGUCUGGUCGAACUGCUGGGCUCUGCCCUCUUCAUCUUCAUCGGGUGCCUGUCGGUCAUUGAGAACGGGCCGGACACUGGGCUGCUGCAGCCGGCCUUGGCCCACGGGCUGGCCCUGGGCCUCAUCAUCGCCACACUGGGGAAUAUCAGUGGUGGGCACUUCAACCCUGCGGUGUCCUUGGCGGCCAUGCUGAUCGGAGGCCUCAACCUGGUGAUGCUCCUUCCCUACUGGAUCUGCCAGCUGUGCGGGGGGCUGAUCGGGGCCGCCUUGGCCAAGAUGAGCAAGAGGAGGCUCAGAGAAGUCCGGUGGCUCUCAGCGAAAACUGAAGCUGGGGCAGUGAGUCCUGAAGACAGGUUCUGGAACGCGUCUGGGGCGGCCUUUGUGACGGUCCAGGAGCCGGGGCAGGUUGGGGGGGCGGUGGUGGUGGAGCUGAUCCUGACGACCCUGCUGGCACUGGCUGUUUGCAUGGGCGCCAUCAACGAGAAGACGCAGGGCCCUCUGGCUCCAUUCUCCAUUGGCUUUGCCGUCACCGUGGACAUCCUGGCCGGGGGUGCUGUGUCCGGAGCCUGCAUGAAUCCUGCCCGUGCCUUUGGACCUGCUGUGGUGGCCAAUCACUGGGACUUCCACUGGAUCUACUGGCUGGGCCCGCUCCUGGGGAGCCUCCUCGUAGGAGUGCUUAUCAGGUUCAUCAUUGGAGAUGGGAAAACCCGCCUAAUAUUUAAGGGACGAUGACCCUGGUGGCAUUGUUGCGGCCCCACCCAGAAUGCAGACAGGUCACCUUCUGCAUUUCCUGCCUGGGCAGAGGCCCAGAGGAGCCCCUCACUUGCUUCCCCCCCCCAUGUGCGCCUGGCUUCCCAGAUAGACAGACUGUCGCUAAGUUCUGAGGAUGCUCUAUGUUCUCCAAACUCCACUGGGCUCGGUGGAGACCUCAGCCUGGGGGGCGUGUUGCCAGAACGAGGGAGAGGUCUUUCUCGGGAGGGAGGGUCCCAGGAGCUGAAUAGGUGGCUGUUUAUGCGCAGGAGUUCACUGCCCCCGGCCCCCUCUCCUUCUCCUUCUUCGCUGUUACAGAAGGGCCUUCAGGGGGUUUCCCUGCUUCCUGAGCUGCCACUUUAGCUUUGCAAUAAAUAGUCCACUAUUUC